AGCGUAGGACGUAAUGUUAGACACCUUAUUUAUAUAGGUUAGUUAUUUUAGUUAUUUAGCGACGCACCAUAGUAGACGCAUAUUGAACGGGACUAGUGACGUUUGGGAUAUGUUGGGUUAGAGACCGGAAAAUCAGUUAGCGAUAGAAUAUUCCAGGGUAACGACGUGUUUAGUGACAGAGACUUCUACUGUGGCCCUUUAUCAUAAUAAAUACAUGUUGAAUAGUUCAUCAUCGUUCGACUACAUCUCUACACUUGUUAAAACAGGUGUUGUAUGGUUCUUGUUUGUGUUGUUGGUCAACUACACGUAAUACACCCGGACAAUUACACCCAAACGAUUGCAGAGUAAUUGGUUGACUUCAAGACAGCCUGAACUAGCAACAUCACAGUGGCGACCCCGAACCUCGAAGCCGGACCCCUGAUGAAGCUGAACAUCGAACCGGACCUCGAAGCAGAACGUUUACUCAGGUGAGGGUCGUGCACUCGAAGAUAUAAGAUUUCAUCGGAGUACGGCUGAACACAGCAUUAUCGCAGAGUGACUUUGUUCUAGAUCUACAAGCAGUCGUCGCCUGUUUGAUCGCACGUUCAUUGAGCCGUUAACUCAGGGUGACCUUCGUCAGGACAGUAAUCAUCGCAACGUCUGGUCUACCUAACCAGUAUAGUAUCAAAGCCUGAUCUUCAUUUGCUGAAUCGACCUACAACCAGAGAAACCGUUCAUUCAUAACGGGUGAGAGAUCGUUAGUGAACCUGUUGGACAUAUUUUUUUCUUCGUCAUAGGAGCCACAUCGAGUAUCAAGUUUUACCUCGUCAGUUUCGAGAAGGACAGUUUGCCCGCUGUCAGAAGUAUUGUGAGUACUACAAGUUUGGUAGCUAACUAAAUCGAAAUCGCUCUGUCGUCUUACCCUUGGAGAGAUUCUUGUGGAGCAGUUUGCUCAUGGAACCGGUUGCUUGCCACGUUUAUAACGGUCACUGUGUUUAACCUUUGGAAGGUUAGUAAAGUUGUAUGUAUCAUUACUGAAUAUUGAUAUAUUUAGUAUUCGUCGGUCUAGACCAUAUCUAGACUUGUUAGCAGUGAAGUAGUGGAAACAGCUACACCCACUUAAUUUCGUUGAAAACCGUUAAUCGUCUAACGGAACGUCGUCGGAGGUGACCUUGGUCUCACCUAGUCUACAUUGGACAGUUUGGUUUAUUGAAGCAGAGUACAACAGCAAACUUCGUCGUACUACCAGAGUAGCAGCAGAAGCAGUGAACUAUUUUAGAGAACCGUUAUUCGUCAGCCCAGAUCAAGUCAUCGUCAAGAAAGUCGUUAUUCGUCAGCCCAGAUCAAGUCAUCGUCAAGAAAGCCGUUAUUCGUCAGCCCAGAUCAAGUCAUCGUCAAGAAAUUCGUUAUUCGUCAGUCGUCCAGAUCAAGUUGCCGUCAAGAGACUGUUAUUUGUCAGUAGUCGUCUACACAAGUCAAGUCAUCGCCAGAAGAACCGUUAACCUAUUCGUCAGUAACUGUGUACACAAAGUCGUCGGAACUACACAUACGGUCAUCAACAGUCGUCGAAGAAACUGGAACAUUUUGCUAUAGCAUAUCAGGACAUCUGUGGCAUUACGUGGGAUACUGGUAGCACCGGAGAACAGAGUCAGAACUGGAAGAGAGGCAGUGGAAUUUGUUGUGAUCUAGCAUAUUCGGGAGUCCGAACAAAGGGAUCUUUCUUAUCAAAAGCUAAGUGCCAUUUUUCUUAUUAGUAUAUGUUUAGAUUGCCCUUAGAAAUAGAUUUUGUCUAAAUUUGGUACGUUAGCCUGAGUAAAAUCAGGUGGUGCGCCUUAAAACCCGUCGGGGUAGAAGACGUAAUUUAGAUGAAAAGCUAUAUUAUACGUUUAGGGUUGUAAUUUGUUUUGUUUGUGUAAACGUCAUAUCCGUUGUUGCCUGGUUACUUCGUGACGUUAUCAUUGUGUGCCAUAUUGUCACAUCCCAACCCAUAGUGAUAGUCUCAUUUAAUUAUUUCAUUUGUUUAUAUUAUUUUAAAUUAUUUAUUUUUAUUAAUUUAAUUAGAUCUGUAUUUUUUUUUCACUUAAUGAUAGAAAGUGCGGGUAGGAUUCUUUUACUGUGAAUCAGACUAAAAUAAUUUUAGUUUGAGCGGUUAAAAUCAAAUAUGAUUUUGCCAUGAGAAUAAUGCCGAAACUGGCUAUGUAGUCAAACACUAUCGUCUGGCUAAAUUUAGAUCUGCAAAUUUUGUACAUCUCUUUGGUACAAUUUGAUUAUCUAGACUCUAAUUUGAAAUAUUAUUAAUUGGAAGAUGAAUGAAGAUUACUGUCAGUGAAGAACAAUUGUGACUUGUGAGGUGCCCAUAGGAUGCCACAUUUUCCUCUAUGAUGAACUGUGUACUAAGGAGGAUGGUUAUGAACUGUUAUGAACAUUGACAUGAAUAGGAGGAACUGUCAAGAUGAAGAUGUCAAGAUGAAAAUGUCAAGAUUUUAUGUUUGUGGUCUUCCCCUUAAAUUGAAAAUGCCCUUGUAAGACUUGACAGUAGUGGAAAAAUAUUGACAUAUUUUUUUUUCAAGGGGGGGAGGAAUCUGUUAGACACCUUAUUUAUAUAGGUUAGUUAUUUUAGUUAUUUAGCGACGCACCAUAGUAGACGCAUAUUGAACGGGACUAGUGACGUUUGGGAUAUGUUGGGUUAGAGACCGGAAAAUCAGUUAGCGAUAGAAUAUUCCAGGGUAACGACGUGUUUAGUGACAGAGACUUCUACUGUGGCCCUUUAUCAUAAUAAAUACAUGUUGAAUAGUUCAUCAUCGUUCGACUACAUCUCUACACUUGUUAAAACAGGUGUUGUAUGGUUCUUGUUUGUGUUGUUGGUCAACUACACGUAAUACACCCGGACAAUUACACCCAAACGAUUGCAGAGUAAUUGGUUGACUUCAAGACAGCCUGAACUAGCAACAUCACAUCGUCUGCUUACUUGAUGUCCAUUGUGCAGACUCUGUCAUCAAGUGCCGAUUUUGAACAAAGAGAAAAGGAAAAGACUAGAAUUGAAAAGGCCUAUAGAGAAAGUGACAAGAGACUUGGAGAAUUGGUAGCAAAUAAUUAUCAAGAUGUUACACAAAUUCUUAAAGCAUUUAAUGGAAUGACAAAAAGUAUAAAUGAAUCUCGAGACAAGAUCAGGAAGAUCAAAGAAGAUUUGAAUUCGUGUAAAACUCUACUUCAUUUUAAACGUGAUGAGCUGCGAAAGUUGUGGAAAGAUGGAGUUGAGCACAAGGCAGUUCUUUCAAUGUUGGAGCAGGUAGAACAAAUCAAAGAAGUGCAAGAUAAGAUGAACACAUACAUAGCCAACAAGCACUACCUUCAUGCCACAGACAUGAUAGUCCAAGCUGUUGCCAUGCUGGAAGGCCCACUAUAUGGAGUGGAUGCUUUAAGGGAGCUAAAAAGUGAUCUCAUAAAUAUUAAAGAGAGAAUGCAUGAGACUCUAAUUGAAGAGCUUAGUAAGCAAAUUUAUGAAAGAUCACUACCAUCAUUCAGUCUUCAGCGAGGAAGUCAGAUGAGACUGAGUCGCAAAGAUGCCAGCGUGUGGGGCUGGUCUGAUGGUUUAGACUCCCCUCGUAGAGCUCCAAAACUAGAGGGAAGUGAGAUGUCAUCUAGCAAAAUUUCUUAUUAUGAAGUUAAAGAAAAUCUAAAUAGCAACCCACAAGAUAAUUUAGAAAACUUCAUAGCCAUCUUGACAGAGUCGCUUUUUGCGCUUCAUAAACUACCUGAUGGGGUAGAGCGCCUGAAACUUAGCAUGAAGGGAAGUUUAAACAAAUUGAUUAACACAGCAACACAACAGAUAGCUGAAAGUUCUGGUCAACAGUUGGACUCCAUGGUUAACCAUGUCCAGCCAAAGUAUUUAAAUGAGCUUCUGAAAUUGAUCUUUGAACAAGCCAGAUAUGUGGCCAAAACACAUCAGAUUUUUUUAAACAACGUGUUCAGGCUGACAACUUCAGUCAGUGCUGAUCACGAGAGUUCUGGAAUGCCUCUUCUUAGUCACGUUCUGUAUGACAUCAAAGAUGUUUGGUCAGAAAUACAGGCCAGGCUUCAAAUUUUACUGAGCCAGUAUCUAGAUGUCCGUAAUACUAUGUCUUCUAGACAACAGGCACCAUCUGGCUUUGAUGAGCCUAGUAUGGAUAUCAGUCAGUAUUUUAGUAAAAAAAGACCAGCCAAGCCUAAAAAGGUUUCUUUGUUUAGAUUUGAUGCUUCCCAGCAUGCCAUCAGUGUCAGUAGUGCUCGUCAACAAAUACAACAGUUUGAACAUUUGUUUUCAUUUCAGGAUGCUCUGGGACUUUCUGAUAACUGGCAUAUUGUGAAAGUUUGUAAACCUGAUGCUUUCAAUAUAACAGCCAUUUAUAAACCACUGAGGUCUUUCAUUGUUGAAGUUGAAGAAAUUAUGGAAACAUCUGCUUUACAAGAGUUCAUCACAGAUUUUGUCCAAAAUGCAUUCCUGGGUCAAGUUCAUGCUAAAGUCUCUGAAAAUAUAGAGGCAGCAACCAGAGUUGAGGAGGAGGAAGAUGGCCACAAGUGUUUUGAUGCCUUGCGGAAUAUUAUUGAUGAAAAAACGCGCAGAGAGUUGGGCGUACCUAGACCUCUCUUGCAGAGCACUGUAACAGUAGACAGCAGCAUUCAGGAGCUGCAGGACCUCAUGCAUGACCUUCCCAACUAUGCAGACCAGUUCCUGAACAUGAUUUGCAAUGUGUUAAGAGAUUACAAGGAUAAGUGUAACUCUGCAUAUAGAGAUAUAGUGCAGCAUGGAUCAGAUGAGAAGAGAAUUAUUAGUUCAAUGUGGGCUAAGGAUGAUGACAUCAGCAGAUUUCUCAGGUCUUUGCCCAGCUGGCGAAGUCUGCAGCCCAGACAAGGGAAGGAACUGGAUCACACCAUUUGUUCUGAGGAAGAGAUGAGGGCCCUCAACUCUAAAGAGGCUAUUAUCCUGAUCAGUAACCUGUCUACGGAUGAAUCACUGAUACCCCAGCAAGAGAUCAUAACAGAUGUCACUCAGAUGAGAACUGUGGCCAACGUCCAUGAAAGCUUGGAAUGGUUUGCUAACAGGCUAGAUCUCUUUGCUGACAGCCUGACACCCCAGAGUAGUCUUGCUCCACUGCAAGAAGAAUUACCCACGGAGUUGCCCCCCAUUUCAGACAAAACUCUGCAAUCCCUCAAACAAUUGGUGCAAGAGUUCAAAGAUCUGGCUGAGAUUUGUCUCCUCUUGCUGCAUCUAGAGGUCAGAGUUCAUUGUUUCUAUUACCUACUUCCAGUGGCUAAACAGUCAAACUACGCUGGUCCUAUAGAUGACCUUGAUCCUGAUUCCAAUGUCCUGAAGCUAAACAAGGACCUGAGUGGCAUGGAGGAGAUGAUGACCCAGAGUCUACAGCCAAAGAAAUUUAAAUAUAUCUUUGAAAGCUUGGGUUACCUUGUGGCAUCCAUACUAAUUAACAGCGUACAGUUUCUGAAUAAAAUCAAUGAAAAUGGCAUCAAGAAGAUGUGUCGUAAUAUCCUGGCCAUCCAGCAGAAUUUAACCAACAUAACUUUAACCAGAGAAUCAGAUUUAGAUAGAGCCAGACACUUUUAUGAACUUCUCUAUAUGAAUCCAGAUGAGGUUCUGAAUGCUGUAGCAGAAAAAGGACCUCAGUUUACUUUAGGCGAGUACCAGGAACUGAUAAAACUUUACCAUCGAAGCUUCGCUGGGAACCCAGUUCAAGUUCAGGAUGCCAGGAUGCAGAGGCUGCAUAGCGUAAUGGAGAAAGGUCAAAAUGAAACAUUGGCAUAGCGAACUUCAAAGAUAUGAGAGUUGAACAUUUGUCAGCUUGAAGUAAAAUUAUUGAGAAUUGUAAAAUACUAAGUAAAACUGUGUUAAAAAAGACAAACUAUCAAAUUACUGUAUGAACUAGACAUGAUCAAACUGUUUUUUUCUUCUAGUAGUGAUUACAGUAUGUGCAAAGGUCAAACUUGAUCUUUUUGAAUUACCAGAUUAUUUUUUAUGAAUGCUGGUUGAAUUAAAUACCAGUCACUGUCUUUGCUUUUAAAAUGUAAACUUUUUGUAUAAAUAAACUUUGUAUUUAUGUAAUCAACUGUUGUAUGUAACAGCGAGCAUUUAUCAAUAUUCUUUUACAGUAGCACAAAGAAUUGAUCACAGACUUGAUUUUAUGUUAUUGUCCAUUUGGUAAAGUAUUUUUUUUUGAUAGAUUCAUUAAGUAAGAGUGAUGCACAUCUUGUUUAUCUAUUUAUUAAUGGUUUGUUAACACUAUGGUCUUGGCUGUGAUUAUUUUGACUUGUAUGUAUUUAAAAUUGAACACAGUUUGUUUGAAAGAUUUUCUAAUAGCACUUCAUGUUCUUGAUAACUAAUCACAGUACUCCAUUACUUUGUUUUUUAACACGUCUGAACUAUGUUAUAAAUUAUAAUGUCCAUUUGUAGCACCCAAUCAAAAAGGGGACAAAACUAAUGACUGAACUGUUACUGUAUUGGCAAAAGCAUGUGGAGACCAUUCCAAAGCUGUGUGGUUUUUGGUGAAGGAGAUUGACCAACAGUCCGAGUCCAUCCAUUGCCAGUUAGUUUCUGAAAAUUUUGGAAAUUAAAUGAUUAGUAAGACUUGGACCUGGUAACUGGUGAAUGUGCUCUAGUGAUGAUAUGCUCUUCAAAGAAAGUUGGAUCAAUAAAGCUAUCUUAUCUGA